GCGCCCGGGGUUUAUUUUCACAGCACAGUACUCGGAAUUGUCGGUUAGAGGAUCGUGCACAUUUCCCUACAUCGUCUUUUAGAAAAUAUUUUGAUAAUUGUAGAUGCCGUGAACCUGUUCGUAUGUGUAACACUUCUAUAUCGCCUGAUAUUAUAUUAUAACCACAAGAUACGUUGUAUUUUUUUAGUUUAAGAGUCUAAUAAAUGCUAACAUUUUAGGGGUACACUUAACGUAAACAGUCCAUGCGAUGAGUGACUAAAAUACCUUAAGGUUAACUAGUAAGCUGGAAAUGUCCGCGCAGGGGGACUGCGAGUUUUUAGUUAAGAGGGCCCGGGAGCUCGUGAAUGAAGAUCCAUGGGCAGCCAAAGCGUGGCUCAUCACUGCUCGAACCCUCUACCCUUCAGAUUUUAAUAUACAGUAUGAAAUGUACACCAUUGAGCGCAACGCAGAGAGGACAGCCUCAGCGGGGAGACUGCUGUAUGACAUGUUUGUGAACUUCCCUGAGCAGCCGGUGGUGUGGCGGGAGAUCAGCGUCAUCACUGCCGCCCUGCGGAACGACUGCCAGGACAAACACGCCCAGUUUCUGAGAGGCCUGUUUGAGACGCUGCCGGGCCGGGUGCAGUGCGAGAUGCUGCUGAAAGCCACCGAGCAGUGCUUCAACACCCUGGAGAAAGCCGAGAUGCUGCUGCUGCUGCUGCGGCGCUUUCCUGAGUCUGUCGUUCAGCACGGGGUUAAUCUGGGGGAGACGCUGCUAGAGGCGGAAAGCAUUGAAGACCAAGAGUCACCAGUCAACUGCUUCAGGAAACUGUUUGUGUGUGACGUCCUUCCCCUCAUCAUCAACAACCCCGACAUGCGCCUGCCUGCUAGCCUGCUCUACAAGUACAUGCACAAAGCUGCCGAAUUCUACAUCAGCUACGUCACCAGGAGCCCCACUGUGGAGAGUCAGCUCCAGGGGUCCCAGGACGGGGGCAGCCUCAAGUCCCCCAGCGCGCGGGGCUCCCAGCGCUACGUGAUCGAGGGGCUGACGGAGAAGUCCUCCCAGAUCGUGGAGCCCUGGGAGCGCCUGCUGGAGAUCCUGUCGGUGGUGGGAGUGAGGUGCGAGUGGCAGAUGGACAAGGGCAGCAGGAGCUACGGGGAGAUCCUACAGCGCAUGAAGGAACUGGCGCGCUAUCUCGGCAGCUUUGAUGCCGAGGCUCACAUCCGCUACAGGAACCAGGUGGUGUACUCCGUCAUGCUGGUGUUCUUCCGCAGUGCCUACCAGUACGUCAGCACCAUCCAGCCCAUGCUCUUCCAGGGACACAGCUCUCCUGGUGCAAUACCCUGGAUCCUGGUGGAAGACCUCGCCGCGGUCUACAGUGAUGCAGACAUCGAUCGGAACAAGCACAUCCACAAGAAACGCAAGCUGGCGGACGGCAGGGAGAAGACAAUGAGCUCCGAUGACGAGGAGGGCUCUGGGAAGGGUCGGGGACGCCACAUCUUGGUGAACAAGGCCGAGCUGCCCACCUGGGCCGACAUGCUGGAGAGCUUCAGGGCAGCCAGGGAGAGCUGGGAGCUGCUGCACUCACAGGAGACCCUGGAGAACGAAUUUAAGAGAAUCUGUUCUUCCUGGAAGACAGACAGCUGGCUGUGGUUGAGGAUAUUCCUGACUGACAUGAUCAUCUAUCAGGGCCAGUAUAGGAAGGCCAUUAGCAGUCUCCACCAGCUGGCGUCCUUCCAGGCCCCCCAGCAGCAGGUCUCCUCCCAGGGGUCUCUGGAGCACCUCAGGGCUUUGAUCCAGCUGGCCUCCUGUCACUAUACCCUGGGAGAGUACAGGAUGACCUGUGAGAAGGUGCUGGAGGUGAUGAGUGGCCUUGUACCCCAGCCUCAGGACUUGGGGAGGACAGCCGAGGAGGUCUCCAGGGUCAGGACUAAAUUCCGCAAGGGUACCGACCUCAGAUUUCUGCCCUGUACAAGUAAGGCCAUCAUGCCCUUCUGCUUGCAGCUGAUGCUAGCGUGUUUUAAGCUCCGCGCCUUCACCGACAACAGAGACGACCUGGCUCUGGGUCAUGUGAUAGUCCUGCUGCAGCAUGAUUGGCCCCAGGGAGAAGGCCUGUUCCUGAAAGCUGUGGAUAAGAUCUGCCAGCAAGGCAGCUUCCAGUACGAGAACUUCUUCAACUACAUCACCAAUAUUGACAUGCUGGAGGAGUUUGCUUACCUGCGCACCACAGAGGGAGGCAAGGUGCAGCUGGAGCUCCUGCCCAAUCAGGGCAUGCUCAUCAAGCACCCCAGCCCUUCCAUGGGGCUCCUACCCCAGGAGUUUAUCCCCAUCCUGCCGCCUGGCGUACCGACUUCCGACAGGUACCCUCCCCAGCCUGCUCAUCACCUGCCGUUUUUUUUGUUAGUUCUUUCCGCGUGGUUUUUUUUUUUAAAGCCAUCGUUGUCCGUUCUUAUUUUUGCCGCCCAGUUCAUUCAUCUCUUGAUUUUUUUUUAUUUUUUUUUUACAAGCUGUGAUCACAACCCCACUCCACCCCUCCACACGUGUGCCUCAUCGCGCCCCUCCGCGGGCAAGAGCCAUCCAUGAUUACAUUGUGGAAAGGACUAAAACCGCGAGCCGCAUUGUGACAUUUUCACCCCUCUGGGUUCCUGUGGCACGUGCCCCAUGCUGCCCAGUCAGCCUGUGUCCGAGGCGCUCUGCUGUCGCCAUCCAGCCAUCCCUUUUGUCUGUCCUCUCCAUGAACCAGGUGUUCUUGCAUGACUGACUGUGCACUAGCCGUUAGACUUAGCGGUUGUCCGUGAUUGAAGUAUGCCAGCCCUGUGCAAUUGUAAUCUUUGCUAAAAGCAGCAACUUAAUGUCACACUGGGUUUUGAGCGGUGCAUCAGAGCAGCGUGCUGCUGUACAGGAUUUCAUUCCCAGCCCAAUUACAGCUCUCUGUUGAUUUCACAGCACCUCGGAGAGGAAGGGCCGGUGAGUAUUGGGGAGCGUUUCCACAUAGCACUACAUGUGAACUUGAAUCCCUGGCACUUCAGAUGACUUUUGAAAAAGAAGCACACUUGUACAAUGGCAGACAAGAGGCAUGCAUUAUCCUCAUUUUGGGGGGGGCUUACUGCAUCGUCAUCAUCAGCCCAUCUGCUAGACAGCAGCAGAGUAGCACAGGACCCGCACUUCCGCAAGAGCAUUCAGAUUUGAUCAAAGUGUAGGUUAAAGCUGACAGUCUGACAUGAUGAUGGUCUACUGAGAUGACUCAGUAGAUCCCCACAUCAGAGCCCUAGAAACCACUUUCAUGUUUUCACUUAUGUUUUCAGAUCCAUUAGAUCUUCUUGUGCUGCGAUUUACUCAGUGACAGAUUACUCUUAGAAGAUUUUCGCCGUUUUCAGAACUAGCAUCUCAGGUGGUCAACUUUGAGAUCCUCUUUAGGUUUCUGGGCCUACAUCGCAUCAUUUACUGUAAAUCCCACCUCGGGAGGCGGAGAUUGUCCCAACUGGAGGGAGAUGCAGUCAAUUUGUCCAUCAGUGGGCAUCUCUCCUGAAGUUUUCUUUUUGUGUCAACCGUUAAAGUGCAGUUUUCGUGCGGAAAUGAAGGUGGUUCAGUAAUCGUGUCAGGGAGAGAGGAAGGGUGGGAGGGCAAACAGCGCUACAGAGCAUCAGGUCUCCUUGUCUCCUCCUCUGUCUCGCCCCCCACUCACACAGGCACCACACUGUCACCCGCGGCAUCACCAAAGGGGUGAAGGAGGACUUCCGGCUGGCCAUGGAGAGGCAGGUGUCCCGUUGCGGGGAGAACCU